UUGUUGUUCACGAUCAGCGUGGGUGUUACAAUGCCGCUGUUCUGUUAACCAGUCGAUUGCUGAAUAUGUAUGGACAAGGAGCUGGGAAACUGGGUCAACCGAGUCGACACACGACACAUUCUUUGCAGCUGUGGUUUAUCAGACUGAUGUGUCUGUCGAAGCUGCGGCUCUCCUUUGAAGCUCUGCGAGAGUUGGAAGCAUUCGGGGAUUUGGAUAAUCCGGAUUUGUACCUUGAAUGGAGCCCGGAUUUGAAUGGGGGUCGGAGAGGAUCCAUGGUGCCUUUUGGACUGAGGUUGCUUUCAGCUGUGGUGUUAUCAAAUGCUGGACGCGAUAAAGAAGCUUUGGAGCGUUUACAUCACUUCGAAGGAAUUGUCAAAAAGAUGUUGGCAAAUCUUGAAGCGGGAUUGAGAGAAGACGGCUCAAACCUU